CCCCCCACCCCUCUCUCUCUCUCUCUCAAAAUCAUUCAGGCACUCACACACAUAUACAGACACAUUGCAGCUCCAGCUUUUCCCUUGCUUCCCUCUCUCACACAGCCUGUCAUGCCUAAUUAUUAACCCCUUGAUUCUUGUUUUAAAAUUUGAACUGGUUGCUUUGUUGUUUGUGUCUAACUAAAGGGUUGAACAAGAACAACAAAGAGUUUUUCAUGUUGUUUCUAUGAGCUUUCUCCAAAUUCCCCUUGAAGCGCACACUAACUUGGAUUGAUCCUUCCUUUAACUUUCCUUUUCCAAACAUGACUCAAGGAGAGCCAUAGAGAAUUGGCCACUUGUUUUGUUACAAUUGGUUUUAUUAGCGAGACUAACCUAUGGGAAAAAAUGCUGGCAUGAGGGAGGAAGAUGCUCAAUGAACUUCAUCACAGAAAGCUGCAAUUUUGGUACUUCUUACAACAGGCAUGGGAACUAAAAUUGAAUAUUCCAUAAAUCUUCUAGCAUCCUCAGUAGACAGCAACAACUUCAUUGUGGGUGGUGUGGAUGUCUGGGAGCAUUAUCAGAACAAAGGAGAGACUAACAAACAUUGUAGUAUUGGAGUGAAUAAAUUGCAAGAUCCAAUGGAUAGGAUGCUUGACAGAAACAACAUAGAGUCCAUCAAAAAGACAAUGCAGAUGCAUGAGGAAAUCUUCAAAUACCAGGUGAGGGAACUACAUAGAGUAUACAGUGUUCAAAAGAUCCUUAUGGAUGACCUAAGAAAGGAAACAAAACAAAAGAAAUUUUGGACCCCUAUGAAUGGCAUAGACAUAAGCCAUUCUCAUUUCCUUCAACAACAACAACAAACUACUACUACACUAAUUUCAUAUGGGCCUGAUUUCCAUGUCCAAAGUUUGAGAGAGGACUUAUGCUCAAAGGAAAGGAGUGGAAGCUGUUCUGGAGAGACCAUAAAAAGGCAAAGGGGUUUUGACCUAGAAAGGCCUGCUGAGAGAGACAUUUUUGGUGGCGGCUGUGAUGAACAUGAGGCAGGACUUAGCUCCUACACUGCACUAGAGAGAUGCAAAAUAAGCAGCAACAAUGAUGAUGGUUAUGAUGAAGACAUGGAAGUGGAUUUGACUCUAAGCAUAGGAGGAGGAAGCCAAGUUAAUAAUAAGAAGAAUAGUAGUAGUAAGAAACCUUAUCUGCUUCCAUUAGGGUGCUCAGACUCACCCAAUGGGAAAACUAGGGAGCUAAAUUCUUCUGUCUCUUUCCAAUCAGAUAGGGUGGGAGAUUUCAGUGACCCCACCACCCCUAUGAGCAGCUCAAGUGUGACAUUUGAUCAAGAGAGAAAGGGGCCACAUUGGCUUUCUCAAGGUUUAAAGCUUAAAUAGGAGAGUUUUAACUUGUUUGAUUGUAUUAUGAUGUAUCCUUCCUCCUCUCUCAACUCUACAUGGACCACGGAAUUUUUAUGGUUCAUGUGUUCAGAUUCCUAGACUAGAUUUUCUUUUUUACUUUAUUCCAAUAAAUGGAUAACUUAUACUCCCAUUUCUGAGUGUCCCUUUCUGUAAAUAGGUAGAGAAAGUUUGAUGUGCUUCUUAGUUCUUAAGUUA